AUGACGAUGGACAGUAGCGAUCCUUCGUUGGGGAACAGCAGUGGCGGGUCUCGCCGUGCGAAUCGUCGUCGCUCGUCUCUGACCAACGCCGGCAGUAGCAGCAACAGUAACAACCACACCAACCACAAGAAACUCCGCAAAUGUCAGACUAGCGCCGGUGAAUUGUCGAAAAUGGCUCGCAUCGUCAACCUAUGGCGCAAUGUAACACUGGAUGCCAAGAACACCAAUCGUCGCGUCCGCCGCAGUGCCAGUCACAAGACGCGUCCGCCCAAAGUGGUCUUUCAUCCUCCGCGGGCGCAAAUUGCCAAAAUGCUGAUCUUUGAUGAAGACGACGAAGAUCGCAAUCCGGACGACUAUGAAGUCGAAUACCACGAAGUGCAUGUGGAAGAAAAGGAAUUUGAUCCCGAUGAGGCUGUGGCGUCCAUGUACAAUCCGACCUUUCAAACACAAGAUCACGACGAUGUUCCUUGGUACGAACAAGAUUACGAAGAAAUUCCAUGGUGGGAAUAUCCCGAUUUGGAAGAAGACGAUGAAGUCACGGCACUGUGUAAAAGUGUCAUUCGAGAAAGCGUGGUGCCUAGCAGUGCUGCUGCUAGUAGCAAUCAAGACAACCUGUCACGAUGGGAAUUCAAACAAGCCAAUCGCGUCGAAGCCAUUGUCAUGUCCUUUGCGCUCAAAUUGAAAAAUAGAGUCACAUUUACCCAAUUGCAAAAACAACAAAUGCAAGCGGCUGUACAAGCGGAGUUGUUGGAUGACAACGCUAUGGAAGAAAUUUCCUUGGGUGGUGGUGGUGACGAAAAAGAGGACGACGAACCAAACAACAACAGUCGACGCAGCAGCUACAACAGCGUCGAGUCCAACAACAAGAACAAUCGAUCGUCGUCGUCGCUGAAUUUCAACAACACCACUGCCGAUGCUCCCACGGAAACGCAAGACAAGGAAGAACAAUUCCAGCAUCUCAAACAACAACAAAUCCUCAAUCUGCAACAAGAUCAACAAGAAGCCAUGCACAAAUUGUUGCAUCCCACGUCGCCCAAGAAAACAACCAACAACAACUCUACUCAAGUAACUUCAUCGCCCGUCAAAAAGAUUACCAAAGAAGACGUGGCCAAAAUGGUCCUCCCGUCGCGGCGUCGUCGCACACCCAUGCGUCACGGCAGUAACCAGUCCGGCGGCAGUGGCAAAUUCUCGGUCCAUUCCAUUUUGGACGACGACAAUGUCUCGCUUCAUUCCGCCGUUCUCAGUACAGGAUGGAAUCGAUUGAACAUUCACAAUAGUGAAAUGAAACGAUAUUCCAAAAAUAGACGCAAAUCCAAAAAACGAGGCGUCGCCAAUCAAAAGGGCAAUCGCGGACUCUGGGCCGACGAUCACACCGUCAUGAUUGGAUCGGGACGCGACACCGACGAUGAUGCCAAGUCCGUCACGUCCUUCCAAUCCAGUCCGGCCAUGAUGGAAUACACCAAAACCAAACAAUCGUGGUUUGGCUACAACAACAUACGACACAACAAGGAACCCAAAAAACUAUUUCGACUCACCACGUCCGCCACCACCAACGCAAAUGCUGGCAACGUAAUGACAGAUCUCAGUAGUUCAUCGCAUCACAGUGCCGCCACGGAAGGAGACGACACCCACACGCGCAAGAAAAAGAAAAAGAAGAAAAAGAAAAAAGCAGGACAUUUGGCACUCUUCAUGGCCAAGGAAUCCUUGCGGGGAGAAACCAGCAAUUCCAAUAUUUUUGAUAUCAUGGAAGAAGUCGAACAAGAAGAAAAGAGUCGAGGAAAUUCUGCGGAGGACAACGACAACAAUGAUAAAAACAGUGGUGCAAGAAGAAGUAAAUCCCCCAAGGCCACAAAACCCAAAAAGAAAUCCUUGUUGGGUGGUCUCCCCGGUGCCAUGGGCAGUAGUCACAACAAGAAGAAUAGCAUGGAAGACAGUCAGGGCAGUUUGAGCUUUUUGCACGAAAGCAACAAUAGUAUGGAACAACACGACAUGAGUGCCAGCAGUAGUUUGAACCAUAACAUGGAAAACAGUGUGGGCAGUUUGAAUGUCAUGGAAAACAGUGCAGGUAGUUUGAACAUGAUGGAAAACAGUGCAGGUAGUUUGAAUGCCAUGGAAGACAGUGAUGCGGCCUUGAACGACAGUGAAUCGCAACUGCAAGGGGAAAACAGUGUCCCCAGUUUGAACGCGAUGGAAAACAGUGCGUCCAGUCUGAAAGCGAUGGAAAACAGUGCUUCCAGUUUGAAUGCCAUGGAAAACAGCGACGCCGCAAUGGGGGACGGUGACGAAGAGGACGACAGUAGCAGCAGCAGCAGUAGUAGUAGCAGCAGCUCCAGCAGCAGCAGCAGUGAAGAAGGGGAUGAUCAGGACGACAACAAUCUUGCCGACGGCAGCAACAGUAGUUUGAACAUGCAGCGUGAUAUUCACGAUGUGGAAAAGAAGGGGGAUUCGGGGUCUGGCUUCGAUAUGGCAAGCAACGGCACGGCGCCUACAGAAGCGGCCAAUAGCUGCGAAAAGAGCUUGGAGAGUAACAAGGCGCCCAACACUUCUUUUGACGAGGAGCUGUCAAUGCAAGCGGGAUCAACACCACCUGGCAAGGCACCGACGAGCAAACUGCAACCACUUAGUCAGACAGAGAGAAGCGAAGCACUGACGGCGGUGAAGGGCAGAGUACAACAGUUACGGGAUGCCAGAGUGCAGGAAACUCCACAACCCAACAAACAGCCGACCACACCAACUCCGCAAAAGCCCAAGGUUGCUGUCAAGAAUCAAUCGGGGGCUGCUUCUUCCGGUGUUAGCGGCGGACCACCAUUGACUCUCCAACAAAGAAUCAAACUGUUCAGCAAUAAUAAUUCCGCACCCCCGACAAAUACCAUUGCCAAGAAACGACCUGCACGUCGAGCAUCGGGAUCGGGAUUAACACAGCUGGGGGGUCUUGGUGGCUCGAUGUUGUUGCCUGACUCGGGUCCACGAAGGAAGUUGAAAUCGAAGCAGGACGAUGAAGAAACAAAUGCUUCAUCGAAAAAACCUGCUCCAAAAGUAAGACGGCCGCAACCUUUGAUGACCCGCCGAGCCACUUUUUCAGAUAUCGAAAUCGACACACCAGCCCCCAUUGAUCAAAAGAACGCGACGUUUGCGCCAAAGAAUACGUCUGGCAAUUCUUUCGACCAGGACCCAAAGUUGCGAUUGGUUAUGUUGCGCCAUGCAGCCCUGUGCCGGAUUGCACAGAACGGUGGAAUUUGUCCUUCUGAUCCCAAGUGCUCGCAGAUGAAAGAACUCUUGCGUCACAUGACGUCUUGCAAACACACAUCGACAAUGACACCUUGUAGUUUCCCCGGAUGCCACCAAUCCAAGAGCUUCUUGGUCACGAUGCAUAAGACAAGCCAAAUAUUGGCACAGCAAAAGCAAACGGCCAAGAACUUGCCACCAGUCGUGACGAUACGGACGAAUUCUAAUCAAGGACCGUCCGGGAACGGAAACAACAACAAUGAAACCAUGCUGGGUAGCAAUGAUGACGAUGAUCUCUCUGAUAUUGGGAGCUUUGGUUCUGCUGGUGGCGAUGAUAGUAGUGUCGAAGGGGAUAAACCUGCAGAUACCAAACAAUCUUUACCACUCGACAUUAGUGCAAGGUCCGCACCAGCAGCUCGAACCAGUCAGGUCUCACCUGCGCCUGCGUUGAAAGAUAAGAAGUUGAUCGAAAAAAUUCAAAAGGAUGAAGCGGAGCGAGAAAAAGCAGAAACAGACUUGCGAAAGCGGCACGAAGCUGUUAAAGCUAGAGUCCUGGCAAAGGUACAAACUGUCAUAGAAGAAAAAGAGCAGUCGGAAGCAAAAUCAGGUGGAGGCAAAAAGCUUCGAAGGAGAAAGAGCGAUGGGCACUUAAUUCGACUGGAUUCGAAGAAAGAUCUGAUGGUGGCUAGCGAAAUCUUGAAGUCUUAUAAGCCUCCAAAGCCUGUGGGAGAGCAAAACGGCGGUACCACUGGCAGUCAAAAGAAAGGGGCUAUCUUGCCAUCCAAUUCGUCUCGAAGUCCUGGGGGAGGACAGGAGAACGGUAACGACAACAAACAACGGACGAAUGCGAUCACUAAGGCAAAUUCGUCUCGGAAGCUCGGGGGAGAACAAAGUAAUGGCGCCACAGCCACCGCGAAACCCAAGAAGAAAGGGACCAUGAAGAAGUCGAAGUCGUCUCGAAAUGUGGGGGGAGAAAAGAAGGAGAGCAAUAAAACCAGCGAAUCCAAGGAAGAUGUAGAGCUUGCAAAGGCAGCAGCAGAACUACGUCGAAAGCACGCGGAAUUAAAAUCUCGGGUGGACAAAUCCAAAGUGGAAAAGGCUCAGACGGAAGCCGCCAAGACCGUCGAAUCUGUCAAGAAAAGAGCCAUACGUCGAAAAUCGCUCCCCGCUAGUGGCACCUUCAAAAUGCCUUCCAUUUUCGACCACAUCUACAAGAAGAAAGAAACCGAAGCGAAAUCUCCAGCGCCAGCACCCUUACCAGCUUCAGUUCCGUUGUCUGCAGCAGCAGCAGCUCCAAAAUCUACAACCCCAUCGCGGAAAUCCACAACUUCGGCUCCGAAAGCGGCUUCCCCGGUGCUGCCAACAAACUCAGGACGGAAGAAUCCCGCCCCGGUUCUGCCUGCAAACAAGGGCCGGCGAGCCACCAUGCCAGCGACCGCCUUUCAGCAAGCCACCGCGCAGACGCGAAAGGUAGUCAAAGCAAUGGAAGACAAAUCCAAAGCCGCAGAAAAAGAGCGGCUUGCUGCAGAGAAGAAGCAAGCAGACCAAGAACAGGCAAUCUACAGAGCGCGAGAUGCUCGGCGAGACGAGAAGCAGAAAGCCCAAGAAGCUCUUGCAGCUCAAGAAUUCAAGGAAUUCGACGAGAAGGAACGAGAAGUUUUGGCAGCCUCGGGCAUUGAGAUAAAGGCCACCCCAUUGCUUAGCGACAAAGUCUACACGGCCAAGAUCGAAGCAACCUCCGAGGUAGAACGCCUCAAAGCUGCGAAGCUGGCCAAGAAGGCAAAACGCGACAAGAAAAGGACCUCCAUGAUUGUCACAAAGUGA